GUUCUUUCUUCACUUUGUUUGAAUUGCAGGCCUAUUCCACAGUCGGCACACCAGAUUACAUUGCUCCGGAAGUACUGUUGAAGAAAGGAUAUGGCAUGGAGUGUGACUGGUGGUCUCUUGGUGCAAUAAUGUACGAGAUGCUAGUUGGUUAUCCCCCAUUUUAUUCUGAUGAUCCAGUAACAACUUGCAGAAAGAUUGUGCAUUGGAGAAAUCACUUAAUAUUCCCAGAGGAGGCAAGGCUGACACCUGAAGCAAAGGAUCUGAUCUGUAGAUUGCUUUGUGACGUUGAUCAUAGGCUUGGUACUCUGGGGGCAGACCAAAUUAAAGCUCAUCCUUGGUUCAAAGAUAUUGUAUGGGACAAACUUUAUGAAAUGGAGGCAGCAUUUAAACCAGAGGUCAAUGGGGAGCUUGAUACACAAAAUUUUAUGAAAUUUGAUGAGGUCGAACCCCUGUCAACAAGAAGAGGAUCCGGACCCAUGAGGAAGACAAUGUUGAAUCCUCAAGAUCUUAGUUUUGUUGGUUACACGUACAAGAACUUUGAUGCUGUGAAAGGGCUACAUCAUUCUUUUGCAGACGUGAAGAGAAGCUCAUUACCGAGGCAGGCAUCCACCGAUUCUUGUCACAGUGAUUCUGCAGUGGACUACUCAUCUAAGGACUCAAUUGGUGACUUACACGCUCUGACUCUUUCCUCAUCAGUAGAUGCCUGUCACAGUGAAGAGCUGUCCAAUUCCUUACGUGGAAACCAUCUGGCAUAA